AUGUUUGGACGUCAAAUAGCCCAUCUCGCCAGGACCUCCACCUCCAAAACCACAACCUUUAGUCCCCUUCAUUUCCUCUCCCGAGCCUCCUCAACGUCGUCGUCGUCGUCAUCCAUCAGCCCCUCUCCGCUCUCCUCCGAGGUCAACUCAUUCAAUCCCAAACAAGAAGGUGGCUCAGUCUCGAGGAUAGCAAGGCUACUCGAAUGGAGUGAUCACCUCGCUCGUACCAACAAAAGUCAAGGCAACGCCUCGGUUCCCCAUCGCUUGAGAGGGGCUUCAUCAAGUCGGAAUCGUGGACUGGAUGACAAGGUGGGUCGAUGUCCUUGUGUUUAAGUAGCUCCCUUCGUGUGACUGACCUUAAAUAACUACCUGCGAUGCUGCAGCUAAAACGUACCCCACCCGAUCAACUCAAGCCUCUUCCCACAACUCGACGAGUCCAAGACUCCUACGUCCAACUCGACCUCAAAUUCAGCGAAGACCCCGUCCUUCGCGAAUCCUACCUCGGUGGUCUAUCGAAACAACCCCGUAUGGGUCGCUUGAUGGAAGAUUUUGACUCCGUCGCCGGUGCAGCGACGUAUCGUUUCGUCCUUCCUGACGGAGUCGCCGUUUCGGAAGCCGAGUCGUACGGUCUUUAUCUCGUCACCGCCGCCGUCGAUCGAAUGGACGUCUUGAAACCACUGACGCAGCUCCACGAUGGGAGUGUACCUGACCUUCGUUUGUCGGGCCACGUCUCGUACGCUUCCGAGUCGUCUCUCGAAGUCUUUGUACAGGAGGAAGAACUGGUCAAGAUGGGAAAGGACAUGAGGGAGAACAAGAAGAGGAGGAAGGCGAUGAGCUUGGAGACGACACCGCCCAGUGCGGCCGAGGCCAAGAUGUUGCAUGACUUGUUUGUGGGCAAACAAGAGAUCUUUGGUGAGAUGCUUCACAGUUGACGAUGGUUUGUAUGCAGUUCUGACCGUUUGCUGUUGCCUGAUGGCUUCACGUGUAGCUCGAAACGCUUCUUGCCCAGACGAUGUCGUGUUUAUGGCCGACACGGCACUCAAGUCGGCCACACUCAAUCAUCCUACCGAAGCGAAUGUUCACAACAAAAUCUUUGGUGGAUACCUGAUGCGACUGGUCAGUCCUGUGCCCGCCUCUCUUCGCGCACCUUUCGGGAAGACGAGCCCCUGAUGCAGUUCGCUCUUACAGGCAUACGAGACUGCAUUCGCAACGGCGUGCUUGUUCUCCCGUUCGACGGUGCACUUUAUUGCUCUCGAGUUAGUCUCUAUAUGUACUCUUUCUUUCACUCUUUCUGGCCUCGAAUAACUGAAUGAUCGCCCACCACGUCCCCCAGUGAAAUCCGCUUCGCGCUCCCGGUCGAGAUCGGUUCCCUCCUCCUCCUCGACUCCAAAGUCACCUACUCCCCCAUCCGAGGCACCCACAAAUCCUUCCACGUAUCCGUCGAAGCCGCGACGACCGAUCUCUUCACAGUUGAACGACGCGUGACGAACACGUUCCAUUUCACGUUCGCGAGCGAUCGCCCAUUGGCGCGUCACGUAUUGCCCAAGACGUAUUUGGAUGCGAUCUCUUGGUUGGAUGCGCAGAGGAGGAGGGAGGAGGGGAUCGCGGUGAGGAAGGCUUAUGAUUCGGAAGAGGUGUAG